ACGAGAUUGAGGAAUCUGUACCGUCCUUGUCGUUUAUUUCUGGCGAUGAUGUUUUCAUCGGGCUCAGCAUACUCAUCUUUGGGAAACAGGGACGUCUCUGAAUUGAUUUUUAAUUUGAAAUUUAUCUUUUUAUGUAUUUUUCUCAUACCCCAACCAACAGGUAAUGUAUUUAUCUGGGAUUAGUUUUUUUUCGAUUUGUACAGCAAUUUUCAGCGUUUACCUUCUUUUGUAACAGAACUCGAUAGUUUCAUCUUAUGAUGUACUUUAUUUAGAUGAUUUUUUAGAUCGACAAUAGCAGAUUGUGAUGCCUUUUAGAAUAUAUACGGUGUUUUAAUUCAAAAUCAAAGGGAAGCUGUUCUUGUUUUUAUGAAAUCGAAAGCAUAAAUUGUAAUUUAAGUGCGAUCUAAAAUAUUCUCCUUCAGAUGGCGGAAGUGUCACAUGGUAUGAACCUUCUCCUGUGAGGACAACAUCAAAUACAGCUGAAGUGCUCCCCCCUGGCUUUGUAGAGGUUUAUGGAGGAUCUUCUGUCACACUGAACUGGAACUUCAGUGUGUCAGUAGGUCUUGGUCUUGGUUUUGUCAUAAAAUUCAACACUGUUGGUCUAAUCAGCAUUAGAGCAGAUGGUUCAACAGCAAUUCCUAUUAGAGAUGAAUUUCAGAAACGAUUCAACGUAAGGGCGACUCCACAAAGUGCUUCUCUGUCAAUCUCUCCCGUCACUAUUGCUGACGAUAAGUCUAAUGGAGAAUUUAGCUGUGAGUUAAGUGAUAGCAAAGGCGAUACUUGGAAACGAGCAAUUCAGGUGCAAGUCAUAGGUAAGCUUGUGAGUAUUGCUGACUAUACGGAAGGCGACCCCUAACCGUAGUAUACUGUUAUAUGGGUCUUGCUUAAAUGCAGUUUGAAAUUGGAGAAUUUGAAUUCUUAGUGAGAAAAAACUUCUACAUCCCUUGUAACAAAUUGAAACUAAAUGAAUUUGUUAAAAGGGAUGUAGAAGAUCACUAUACACAACUGAAACUAGGAGAUGUUUCCAGGAUUAAAUUAAGAAUCAUGAUGUUUUGCUGCCAAAAACUUUGUGGGAAUCAUAUAUGGUAACACAUUAAAAUUGGCCAUUCACACCAAAGAAACUGUUUUUUAAAGACAUAUUUUUGUUUUUGUAAAUAGCUCCCAUGAGUGUCAAUAUUAAUUUCUACAAUUAUUAUUUCUUGGAAACUGCAGUUAAAAUAAUAAUGCUUAUUUUAGCUGAGAGAAGAAUUCAGAAAAAUUUAGUGGCCUUUUGAUGGUGUAGCAAAUUUGUUAAGGCAGGCAUGUUAAAUUACUUUUAAUGGAUUAUAAUCCAGGAACUGUUUUUGUAUUAUAUGCACAAUCAUAACACAUGUGAAUUUCAUUUGCAUGUGUAAGGUUUGUAAAGAAUGUUUGAAAAUCAUGUAUUAUAACUUUUGCAUGUUGCUUAUCUGUGUGCAUGCCAUUCAAUAAUUAUUAUCCUUGAAGUUUACUUGUGAUUGUUUGAUUGCUCUUAGUUCCAAUAAAUAUCACUGGGAUUAGAGGUGAACCAACUGUUCUUGAAGGCAACAAUUUGCAGUUGAUCUGUGAAGCAUGGAGUCAAGUAGAACCAAACAUCACCUGGACCAAAGAGAAUCCUGGGAACCAGGGAAAUAUUGGUGUGGUGCAAGAAGGAAAGGUGCUGACUGUAACAAACAUCAAAAGGACUGAUGCAGGAACAUUUACAUGUACAGCAUACAAUGGCUUUGGUAAACCAAAGAACCGAACAGUUUACGUGAAUAUUAUUUGUGAGUAUGCAUUGAAAAAAACAUCGACUAAUGUUAAACAGAGAUGCGCUUUCUAUAUAAUUAUUUUUUGUGUUGUAAUGUACUGUGCUGUCAAUUACUUUUAUUGAUGUUUGGCUAAGUACAUCCAUGCAGGGCUCCAAGCUAAAUUUUUCAAGAAGUUACCUUUUGGCAACCUUUAAUCUUAAAAUGGUUGCUAUAAAACACACAAAUGAACAAACAAAAAAACUCACAUUAAAGGGAGCAUAUUUCAAGUUGCAUUACUUAAGGUAUUUGGUAAACCAGGUGACAUGAUUGCAAAACUUUCAUUUGUCAACUUGACUUAUUCACUCCCUUGCUGAUUAAAAGAUUGCAAUAAUGGCCAAGAGAGUGAGAAUGAAGAAACUGAUGUCUAGAAGUAGAAAUGAUUUGUUACAAAGUUGCUGAGACCUAGUAACAAUCCAUGUUUGAAAUGAAUUUGGUUUAUUGCUCAGCUGAGAAACAUCUCAUGUUUAAAGUGACCUAAAAUAGUGGUUUUAAGCCUUCGAUAUUGUGAAUAGCAUCUUUAAUCACUAGAUAUUUUGUCACCAUACUUCUUACUGUAAAAAUUGAAGGUUAAAAGGUUAGAUUAAUUGGUACUGGAGGAUACUUUGGCCUUUUUCGGAACUGGCCCUUUGUCAAGAAUUUAACUUUUCACAACUUUUAAUCUCAUGUGCUAUAACUAAAUAGAAUACAUGAUUUAUAUUCACUUGCUUAUAGUUGCAAAGCAUCCCGAAAAUUAGAAAAACCAUCAAAAGUUUUGGGAUAAAAAUGCAGAUGAAAACAUAUAUAUGUUGUCAUUGCUUGGAAAAUAUAAGUAGUCAGCUAUUGUAUGGAUUGAGCUCCUUUCCAAGUUGCAUAGUAAGAAAGCACUUUGUAUUUCAUCUUCAUAUGGUCACAUACGAAAUGGAUGUGUCAGAAACAUUAAAUGCAGGAUAAAUCAUUGACAGUUUGACCAAGGAUUGAUAAAGUUCUUCCUCAGAGUUUACUUUUAUUUUUUAGUCUUUUGGUUGUCAAUUGGCAACUUUUGUAGAAAUUUUAUUUGCAAAAUGUGUUUUUCACUCACCACAAUGACCGAAUUGGUCACAGCUUUGGAGCACUGCAUUUUCUAGGAGGUGUUAAUGCCCACCUCUGUUAAUAUAAACCCUUGCUAAAAUUAAGAUUACAUUUUGUGUUAGGAGAUUCCAGUCCUCCACUGUCUCUGUUAGCAGAUAUGUUGAGUUGAUGCUGAUUAGAAAAUGUUUUUAAAACAAUCCAGUUCAUCAUAUCUGGCAAGAUCUCAGCUCAAAGAAUUGAAAUAUGGUUUUCUGAGUGUCAAGCUGAAAAAGUUCUCUGUUAAAUUAUUGGUUACUAUAAAAAAUUGAUUACUAGUAAUUUAUUUAACACAUACCUCUGAAUGACAAGAGGAUUACUGGAUAAAGAAUAUCAUCUUGUAUAUAAGUGUACUGGUGUGUUUGGACCCCUUAGCUAUUGAAGGCAAGUCACUCAGAUGUAUCUUUGUGUAGAUGCUGUUUUUUAAUCUGAUUUUUUAUUUUCCAAUUUGAUGUACAGAUCCAGCCACGAUUAUCAAAUUUCAAACUGAGUAUAUUGUUGAUAUACAACAAAGUGUAACUCUUAACUGUGAAGUAGAAGGAAACCCUCCACCUACUUACACUUGGAUUCCAUGUGACCGAGAACAAGUUUGUAACAAGAAUACUCUUGAUAUUUCACAAGUGCUCAAUGAUGCCAGCUACACCUGCAGAGCAGUCAAUGUACAUGGACCUGAUACAAAAACUGCCAUUGUUUGUAAGUUACAUCAUAGUCCUGCAUACACAACUGUAGCUUCAUACUUCUACCAACACGACAUUUUGAUUGGGUUCUAAGAGUUGAACCAGGGACUUAUCAAAAGGAAUACUGUAUCAAUAAACAUGUUGAGGAAAUCUGUUAGCAUUGUGCAAAAAUUUUCAAUGCUUUGGUAAUUGUGUAGUAUUGAAAUGCUAAUGGUUCUUAUUACAUAAUGGGAUUUUACAAGUGUGGAGAAAGGUAGAUUUUAGAGCCUUAUCCCUUUUCACAGACAUUGCAGGAAAUGUGAUUAACAUAACCAUUGUUGUCACAAGUGGAAAUUGCACUGACGGAAAAUAUAACAAAUCCUUGUUUCUGAGGAAAUUGGAAGAAGAGGUAACUGUAUUUUAUAAAAUGUUACCUAUGCUCAGUUUAUUUUCAAUAUCUAUUUAUUUAUUUAUUGUUCGUCAGUUCAGGUUCAGAGACUGAUUGAUUAAAAGGAAAUUCAGCUUUUGGAGUGAAGAAUAUUUUGUUUAAUUCUACUGUGUUUCUUAUGUCUCUAGAUUACAUUCAGACUCGAGUUCUGUCAAACCUUGAGCUUAAAAGGCUUUUCACAAUCUUCUUAUUAUUCAAUGUUUUCUCAUGCUUUGUAUUUGGGGUUAUAAUUGUCCGGGUGCUUUUUUGGGACAAAUAUAAUACGAAGCAAUGUGACAAGAAGAAGAACUUUGCAAUUGAAGUAGCACUUUUAAAGAAACAGACUGAUUAAUACUCAUAGACUGAUUCUUGGCUGAUUCUUAGCAAAUCGGUCAUAUUCAAUUAAAUCAUAACUAGUAAAUAAUAUUUAAUAUCAUCCUCAUUUGUGCUCAUUUACAUGUACAUGCACAAUACAUGUGUGAUACAUGUACACUAACAUUUUUAGACAAAUAGUUGAAAUGUUUACUUACAGCUUAAAAGAACAUUUGCGGGUAAACUUCAUUAUGAAAGAGUGCAGUCAAUGAGUGUUAGGUAUGUAAAUGAAGUUGCUCACGUUUUUUUAUUUUUUAGUUGUCUGUUUUAUACUUCAUGUUAGUCUAACCCUUAGUUGUUGUCUGUUCCAAGGUGUGAAAGUAUGAUUGUUGACCUUGCAUUGAAAUUCAACUCCACUACAAAGGAACAAGAUGUUAUCAUAACACUUAAUGAUGCUGCGAAAGAUGGAAAGCUGGGAGAGUUUAGUGUGGGUUCUAUAAAAGGGAAAAAACCUGAUGUGAAACCAACAGGUGAAUGUGCCACAUCACCACCUGACGGGUCCUCUGGGGGUAAGUCCUCCUAUAAACGUUACGCAAGUCGAUUAAUGAACGACCUUAAUCUAUACUUGGUUGAAAGCACCAAUUUUUUUUAUUCAACGCAGAAUUGGUAAUUGGACAGUGUACCAAGACAGUGUAUGUGUCAUGCUUGUGUAAUUGGACAGUAUGCUUCAUUUAAUUGUGCAUGUGCUUCUGUUGUGCAUUUCGCUGAGUUAGCGGUUGAUUUUCCUUUUUAUAAAAACAUGUAACCAAUGGUUAAUUUACAUUUUGUUUUUCUGAGAGGAUUAAUAGGAAAAUAAUUGAGUGGCCCUUAUAAUCCUAAAAAAAGUAGCCGCUAUGCUUAUUGUCCUUAAAUUAAUCAAGCGUAUUUUUUGUGAAAUCCUCAGAGCUGCCAAGUGGGACAAAAGGAGGUAAACCAUUAUUUAAAGACAAAUGACUUUGUAAAUAUAAAGUAACGAGUAAUUUAAUCCGAUUAAGUACUCUCCAGACACCUAUGACGUUAAGUUUUCAGAAAAUAAACGUAAUGGUUCACUGUCCAACUGAAUCGAGCUUUAAUUUGUAAGUCGAAGGACACAAUUUUGCUUGUGUUGCAUACCUUAAUACUGUUGCAUCUUUUUGGUUCGGGGAACAAUUAAUCAGCUUUAAAGUUAUUGAGUUUUAUUUAUUAUUUAUCGACACUUAGAGAUUUGGUGGUUUUCUCUUCUUUUUUUUCUGUUUCAUCUUGUCUAUGCCACCAACCCUUGCGGCGAAAAAGUUAAGAUUUGACUAUGAAGUAUUUUAUGUGUGAGUUUGUGGAUUGAGGAGUAUGUGGCUCUGUUAUUUUAGCUGAAUAUUAAGCUUGAAAGGGGCGGAUUAUUUUCAAUAUGAAUUUUUCUUCUGUAUUUUGGGGUCCUCUUGCAUAAACAGAAUUUGUAUUCCCUACUUUUUUUCUGAACGAGUACCUACGCAGUGUUAAGUUCCAUUUCUUUAAUGAACUGUGGGAAGAAGAUAAAUUAAGUUCUGACCGAAUUCGAAAGGUUUCCUAACCAAAACAGGAGUACCGAAGCAGACCCGUUAUGUUAAGAUCAUUGAAUGUCGUAGGUUUCAGAUGUGGUGAAAAGUGCAUCUGCUGUUUACAAGCUAAAUUAAGUUUGUUACAUUGUUGCAUGGAAUGGUUAACUAUCGCGUGUGAGGUUUGUAUUUUCGUUAGCAACUAGAUGUCCACUGCAGUCUUUAAUGACAAUCUCAGUGAAAAAAGGGUUCCUGUGUGAAAAAUGAAACUCAAUACAACUGAAGUUCGACCAAUUGUUUGGCUUGAGAAGCUACGCUUUCACCAGUAAAAAUUUAUCUCAAGCUUAUCAUGCUUUGUAGGUACUGUACUUAUUAUUGUUGGUGCAGUGUUUGGAUCAGUUGCUGCACUGGCUGUUGCUGGAAUAUUAGUUUGGUGGACUUGUGGGAAAAAGAGGCGCAACACGAAAGGCACUGAAGGUAAGUGUAGCAUACAUGUUAUGCUCUCAAAUGAACAGUAGUUUUGGAAUCCCAGAAAUAUAUCUGUAAUAUUUUUUCUUUUUUCUAAGACUAGGUACUAGCUUCAGUUCACUAUCCACUGCAUGAUGAUCUUUGCUUAAGCAUCUUUAUUUUUCACAGAUAUCUUUUAAAAUAGUGUAUUGUUAACUAAUAAUUAAUGUUUUGUCAUUUAAUUUGCUGAUAGCUAAUAAUAAUCAAAAGAUUGCUCUUGCCAUUGUUUACUUUAUGACUCAACUUGAUGGGCAUCAAACAGACUUUACUUUGCUUGUGCGAGAUAAUUUUGUUUUGUUGAUUUUUCAUCCAUUAUUUGUUUUGUUUUCGUUUGCUUUUUAUGUUUUUGUCUCGUUUUCCACCAUAGAGGUAGCGAUGAGCAGAAGGUGAGAUUUUUGUAUCAACACGUUGCUGUUUACUUGCGUUGUUCCUUAUGGCCCAAUCUGUUUAACAAUUUAACAGCCAUACUGUUUUUCAUGUGAAUAUUUGUGAUUGAUCCAGUAAUGAUAGAUCAUGUAAGACACUCGCUGGCUAAAAGGCACUCUUGCGUGGGAGAGAUAUCAUUACAAGGGUUGUAAUGAUUGUCACUUGCACAAUAAUCAACAUCUGAAUGCUCUGUUAACAUAAAAAGGAACAUGAACAUCAACUACAAGUGUACUUACUUUUUUCAUAUAAUGAAAGAUCACUUCAGGCCCGAGUAAUAGUUUUCUAAGUGUCCCCUAUUAGUAGAGCGAUUUUCCCUUAGUGAUCUCACUUUAUGACAGGUGCAUAUAGGGUCAUUAUUAUCAUUAUCAGUAUUAUCAUUAUCAUUAUCAUCAUCAUCAUUAUUAUUAUUAUUAUUAUUAUUAUUAUUAUUAUUAUUAUUAUUAUUAUUAUUAAUACUACUACUGCUAUUGCUCCAAACAUAUUAUUUUAUACAGACAGGUCUAUGUGUAUAUGGUCGACAAAUUUGUGAAGCCUUCAAAAAGAAAUUUCAGUGAGAAGGUGUCUGCAGAAAAAGUCUGUUUCCUCGGUCACAGAAGACCGGCCACUUUGUGCACAUGAUCCUUUUCUCCUCUGCUCGUUACUGGGGGAAGUGAAACUUUCAAUACUUGAACAGUGCUUUCAAUGAGAUUUGAAGAUGGUGGCUACCUCGGUGAAGCACCCGCAGGGGAAUAAAAUGGAGAACGAUUUCCCUCUCGUUAGUCCAUUAGUUCCCGGCAUUCAGAAUAAACUAGCUUCAAAUGGAGUUUUUUUGUGUUAGCUUCGGUAAAUAAUCAUUAAAUAUUUGAAUUUCUUUGUAACAAUUUUUGUAACUCAUCGUUUUAUUUCUGAUCAAAAUCUUCCAUUGGCUGACAUGCAAACCUGCUCCCUGAGUUUCACACAAAAGUCCUCUGAAAGGACGGUUAUUGUUUACUGAAAUUUGAGUCAGACUGUUCUUGGAAAUUCUUAAUCUUCUUUUUCUGGAAAUUUCGUGUAAGAACGAAAUAAACCAGUAACCAUGAGAACAUAGUCUUCCUCGCUUUUUACCGCAAAUGCAGCUUUUUUUAACGGAAAGUUAGACGCUAAGUGUUCAAUAGCUGUUUUUGUUCCUUUUGUAAUUAAACCUCGGGUAAGCGUUUUUUAUGCAAACUUCUAAAAAAUCGACAAGUACGCUAUUUUGUCGAUUAUGACUCUCGAGUUUGUUUUCUAACCAGCAGUUGAGAAGAAUUUUCUAAAAAUAUUUGAUAAUUUUAGUUCACUACAAAGCAGGUUGAAAAUUAUUUGAGUAAACAAAGAUGUGCAAUUAGUGCUUGAUGAAUUUAUGUAAAACAUGCGAAACAAGCUGAACAAGAAAAUUCCCAGUCAAAGAAUGAAUCUAAAAAUCAAAGACCACAGAAUUUGAAAAAUAAGUAAGGUGAAUAAUCCAAUACUAAAAUGAAUAUUAUUUUCUAUGUUACUUAAUAUUAAUUUUGUUGUUUUUAAAAUUGGACUUGGGCGUGGAAAGUAACCGGCGAUUCACAACAAUUCUUAUCAAAAGUACUGCGUGAAUGUAGAGGAUGCGAAAUCCUCUCUGGAAAUUCAGGGCAAGUCCACUCUAAAGGUCUGACUGUAGCCGAGCCUCCACCUAUUUUCCAGCUGCGGUUCUAACUAGAAGUAGCUUUCUGGAAAAUUUUUCUGUUAUUCUGGAAUUUUUAGGCGGUGGGAAUGAUUUUGUUGCGUUCGACGAAGGAGAACGCAUGCUAAUCGUGUCGUUUUUUCCGGAAAUCACUCUGAAAGGGUUUUAUGGACCAGUCACAAGGGGACCGAUCGUGAUGCCAUGCGAUUUCAGGAAUUGGGCGCCAUUUUGGACUGGCUGACUGGCUGACUGGCGGGCCAUUUGGCACAAAUAGUCUCGAUCUCAUGUGCAAGUGUUUUCUUGGCCACCUCGAGCUGAGGACACCACUGCGCAAUCUGUACAAUUAUAAAAACUUUUAUUAGGGAUCGAACGCACUUUACUAAUCUUUGAUUAUUACUAGUUUUAUAAUAUAUUUGUGUUGUUGUUUCAGAACAUUUGGAAAUUCAGAUGAUGAAAGAAGAGAAAGUACAAAUGUAGGUCAAACGAUGAAAUCUUUUACCUUGUAUAGAUAUAUAUCUUCCUGUGGUCUAAGCCGCUUUUUUUCUUAAGUUGCUGCCUUUACUGAGUCUCUUUUCAUUGUGGUUGACAGUUUACCCAAACCCAGAAAGUUAUGAUCCACAAGGAAUAUAUGUCGAUUAUUCCUUGAUACAUUAAAAUACGUCAUUCGAGUAAAUACGGGAGUAUUUUAUGAAAUUGAAAACAAUUUUUUUUUUAAAGAUUGUAGUCGAAUUGCCUAAACCUUCUCAAAGCCAUUACUUGGCACUAAAUGACAGAGCUCGUUCACAAGUGAUAGUAGAUGCGAGUCCACUCAGCAAUGAACAAAUCAGCGAGUACGCUUCUCUUGAUCCAUACACACGCUCCUGGGAGAUUCCUGGAGAACAUGUGACGAUAAAGCAGAUCGUUGGAAAAGGUGCUUUUAGUCUGGUUGCCAAGGCAACAGCCGAUAACCUUCAAGGAAGAACUAAGAAGACGCUCGUAGCUGUUAAAAUGUUGUCAGGUACCAAGUAAUACUGAAAUCAUAUUGUAUUUCAUGGUGUUUGGUCAGACCUAGAGAUCUGUUCAGAUUUUUCUGUUUUCUGUCCAUUUUUUUCUUUUUUUAGUUGUUUAAGAUUUUAUGUAAAUGAUCCCCCUCAAAUGAUGGUUACAUUUCCGAGCCACAGCGCUCUACUUUGAUGAAGAAAAAUUUAAUGAUGGAUCAUAAAUGAGUUCAUACUAUAUCUUUGUGUGCAAGUUUUUGAGUUUGCAGAAAACGCUUCUGAAUCGGAGAAAAAGAAUUUGCUAUCUGAACCUGAAUUGAUGAAAAUUUUUUGUUUUUGAGUUUAGAAAAGCACCUGAAAUAUGAUGUAUGGUAGAAAUGGACGGUAUCUAUCUAUCUAUCUAUCUAUCUAUCUAUCUAUCUAUCUAUCUAUCUAUCUAUCUAUCUAUCUAUCUAUCUAUCUAUCUAUCUAUCUAUCUACCUAUCUACCCACCUACCUAUCUAUCUAUCUACCUAUCUAUCUACCUACCUACCUACCUACCUAUCUAUAUAAAUGGCAUAGUUGAAUGAUAUGUUUGUGAUUUUAUGUGAAAUGUUAUUUGAAGAUUAUUGAUCGAAAGUUAUAUUGCAGAAAACGCUUCUGAAUCAGAGAAAAAGAAUUUGCUAUCUGAACUUGAAUUGAUGAAACAACUUAAACCUCAUCCUUACGUCAUCAAACUCCUGGGAUGCGUUACUAAAUCUGGUAAGCACUGAAAUGUUUAUUAUCAGCUUGGGGCCUGAAGAGACCCUACUUUUCUUACACCCAGAGCUCCGCACAUAGCUCGAAGUUUAAGUUACACGAGGUUAACUUUUGGAAAAUCUUGACCGACGCUUAAAGCUUGGCCUUAUUCUAUUCUUGCAUGCACUUGUCAGGUCUGGAUAGGGCUUCUCAGACAGCAGAGAAAUAGUCACAUUUUUGUACUGUCCGCUAACUAGCAGCGUGUGUCUACUCAAUAGCUGAGAUCUAAGAUCAGCAAAAUUUAAUGAUGGGUCACAAAUGAGUUCAGACUAUACCUUUAUGCGCAAGGUUUACGCGAAUAUUGCGCAUAUGAGCCGCUCCGAUAUAAAUAUAGAGAGCGGGAACCUUUACAGUAGUAGGCCACGAAGGUGAAAUGACCUGCUAUUAACAAAUUUAAAGUGUAAUGCGUGGCAUCGACAUCUUACCCCUUUAUAAUUCAUUUUCCGAGUUUAGAAACUUGUGGCCACCUUGCUUUUAAAAUAAAUUUCAAGGAUUUUAAAUAUUAACGCAUUUUAAGGUAGCCAAUAUCUUAUUUUCUUAUCUUCGUGAAAUGGACGUCGUACUCUUCCAAGUGGCGGCGGCGAUUAUUGGAGGGCAACAUUUAUUCGUAGUUCUGCUUCCAUGUGUAGCGUUUAAUCAGUAUUGGCGUUACCUUGUUUGUCUUUCUAGAGCCACUGUUGGUGUUGAUCGAAUACGUUCCCUUUGGUGAUCUGCUGGGUUACCUGAGAAAGAGUCGUGGAUUAAGUGAUACUUACUACAAAGACCCGGAUAUCAAACCACAAACAAAUCUUACUUCUCAGCAGCUGAUAAAGUUUGCUUGGCAAAUUGCCGAUGGAAUGUCUUACUUGUCAUCGAUACCAGUGAGUGAUAUAACUAUUCUUUGAGUGAUGUCGUUAGAAAAUAAGGCUCACGCUCAUUAUACCUCACUUAUUAUUGACUCUUGGACUCCGCAUUCCCAAUGAUGCCGUGUCAUCCCAUGUCAGCUGUCAACAUCUUCGCUUUGUUGAAGGUUAUCCAUCGAGAUCUUUCAGCUCGUAAUGUGUUGGUUGGAGAAGGGGAAACGUGCAAAGUGACGGACUUUGGAAUGGCCAGAGAUGUGCAAGAGGACAACAUUUACGAAAGAAAAACCAGGGUCAGUAUGAAUUAUUUUAAGAAAACACAUAAUGUUCUUGCAAGCCUUGGAUUAUGUGGCUGAAUAUGCCUCACUGGAGUGACUGCUUAAAGAAAACAAGCUCAGUAAAUCCUGGUUAGUUUAAAGAACCUUCGUGACACUGUUCUCGCCACUUGGAGCAUUGACACUCGAAAGGACUACGCCAACUCCUAGCAUUUUUGCUUCUUAUUUAGGGGCGUCUCCCUGUAAAAUGGACUGCUAUUGAGGCGUUGCUUUACGGAAAGUACUCUACCAAGAGUGAUGUGUGAGUACAAUGAAGACAUGGACACUGCAUAUAGGCUUAAUGAGAUUGUUUUGAAUGAAUUGUUUUCGGGUCUGGGAAAAGUUAUUGGGUCACUACUGUAUUCUGGUCUUUGUAUUUUCUUGAUGUGAUGUCAUCUCAGGAGGGAGUGGUUGUGCUCAUUUUCAUAUUUCUUAUUUCCUUAAACUCAUCCCGUUUGUUUUACAGGUGGAGCUACGGAAUUCUUCUCUAUGAGAUUUUCACAAUUGGUAAGUUAUUCUGGUUAGUCCGGAGUUUUCAGUUUGGCCAUGUGUUUCGUAACUACCAAGCUGGUUCAGAUUGCCACAGUCGCUGGACUUAGCCGAAAGAACUAAGAACAAUGAUACAUAAAUGAAUCGUUAUGUGAAAAUAUUUUUACAUAUGUAAAGAUUUUCAUUUUAGAAUAUGUUAACUUUACCUACUCCAAUUCAGGUGGUUCACCGUAUUCACGAAUGGAUGGAAGAAAAAUUGCAAACUUACUUCAAGAGGGAUACAGAAUGCCUAAACCACAACAUGUGGAUGAUAAGUUGUAUGUUAAUAUGGUGUUGCUGUUGUUGGGUUUUGGUUUUUCUUGUUUGUUUGUCCUGCUUUUGUUGGGGUUGCAUGUGCACCUCCAAUUUUAACAUUUUUACUUGUUGAACCAGCCUAACCAAGGGAAAUGAAAGGAGAAGUACAUUAUCACGAGUUUAUUACUGUGUUAUAUACCUUUUCUCCUUUGCUAUAAAAUAGGGGAAAUUUUUAACCAAAAAGGCCUGUUCAUCGAGAAUAGGUUGGACCGUUUUUAAGCCACCAAUGACAUACCGAGAUAUUCAUAACAUCCUUUUGUUUCAGGUAUGAAAUAAUGACGAAAUGUUGGAGAGACGAACCUAACUUGAGACCAUCUUUUGAGAAGUUGAGAAACAAACUCAGAGAGAUGGAAAACCAGCACAAGGUAGAACUGAAGAGUUUGCAGAGACUCUUUUUUUUCCUUUUGAAAAUUUGAACGUUUGAAUCUAUCGCCGUCAAAUUUACUCGAUAACAGUGUCACCAAAAAGGUUUCGAAGCGUAGUUCGUGGUUUCAAUUUAUUUCGCUUGUAGAGUAGUAUUCAAUUGAGUACCAAAAAUAGUCCUGGAUUGCUCUGAUUCCUUGCCAGAAAACUUGCGCCACCAUCUCAACUAAUCAAAUGCAAAACUACAACCAAUCCCAACUUGGUCAGUCGCGUUCUCCUGCGCUUGAAACAGGUUGCCUGAUUUUACUCUGAGUUCUCAUUGCCUAAUGAUGAUGUUAACCUUCGUUCUGCUUGGUGGUUGUGAUUACUGGAGGAUUCUGUCUAGGGUUAAUAGGUUUAAAAAUAAAGGCACCAUCGAAAGUUAAGCAAAGUAUAAUUUAUAUGUAUGAUUUAAGUGGCACUUUUUCCUAAUGUUUUCCUCCCUUCUUUCUUUCCUGUUUUUACAGGGGUUGAUAAACUUAAAAAAUUAUGACCAUCGACUUUACGUGAAUGUCGAAGAUUUAGCCGUGUGAGCCAGCAAGUUCUCAAACAGGAAAGGAUGGAGUAAUGAAUAAUGCAGUCCUAUGAGAUCAUCUUCCUCUUUCCUUAUAUAUUUUAGGUUAACCUAACCCUAAUAAUUUGCUGAUCAAGUAACUCUUCAAAACAAGCUGUUUAACAGCGAAGCGAGGCAAAGUACAGCUUUUAUACAGUUUUUUGUAUAUAUAUGUACAUAUUUUUUUACUUUUGGUCAAGUAUACUAGCAAUAAUCAUGGAUUGUUAAAAUGUGUUCGACCAAGCUUUAAAGUGAGUAUUUGUCUCGACGUGACAAAACCCAGUGUAUUAUUAAACCUACGAACAUCCAAUGGACUUUUCGUCGUUUAAGAUCUUAAGUGAGUUAAUAGACGAAGAAAAUACUUGUGAUAUCAGGCACACAGUCUGUAAAUAGGCAACGGUCCGUACGUCAAAAAUACCGACCAACUAAGAACCAAUCAGAAUUGUAAUGGAUGUUGCAGCCCCAUGGGAUCAUCAUUUAUUUUCUUCUUAUAUUUGACGUUAACUUUUAACUCUUAGCUGAUGAAGUAAGGCUACAAAAAGUUUGUUUAAAGCUAAGCGAGGCAAGGUGACUGUUCCAUAAAUUUUUAUGUGUAUAUUUUUCAAAUUCUUAGUCUUGAAGAGACAAAAGAUUUUUUAUAAAGAAUUAUAGAAGCUGCAACCCAUAUCUUUUCCUUAGUCCUAUACAUUUUUAGAAUUUUUUAAAGACAAAACUUGUAAUUUCUUUUAAAAUGUGCCUGCAAAUCCACCUAAGCAAUAUUCCCAUUUGUACC